CAGGGUAGAGUUCAGGAAAUAUUGAUGCCACAUGCUUGUCAGAGCGGUGGCAGUGCAGUUCAAUGAUUGAAAUCUAACUGUAGCCACUUAUAAACCCGCAGAAUGAAGGACUCGCCGUUGUCUAACUGUGAGCGGGAUUUCUUGCUCAAAGCGAUCGAAGAGAAAAAGCGCCUGGAUGGAAGACAGACCUACGACUACAGAAAGUUGAAGAUCACAUUUGGGACUGACUAUGGAUGCUGCUUUGUGGAUCUAGGAAAAACCAGGGUCAUGGCCCAGGUGUCGUGUGAGCUGGUGGCUCCUAAAGAGAAUCGACCAAACGAGGGAAUCAUGAUGUUCAACAUCGAGCUGUCACCCAUGGCCUCACCAGCAUUUCAACAAGGCAGACAGUCUGAGUUGUCAGUGAAGCUGAACAGACAGCUGGAGAGAUGCUUGAGGAACUCCAAGUGCAUUGAUACUGAGUCCCUGUGUGUGGUGUCUGGAGAAAAGGUGUGGCAGAUCAGAGUGGAUGUCCACAUGUUGAAUCAUGAUGGUAACCUGAUGGAUGCUGCCAGCAUUGCUGCCAUCACCGCUCUGUGCCACUUCAGACGUCCUGAUGUCGGCAUCCAGGGAGAUGAAGUCACAGUGUACAGUCCAGAGGAGAGAGACCCUAUUCCUCUGAGCAUCUACCACAUGCCCAUCAGUGUCAGCUUCUCCUUCUUCCAACAAGGAACCUACCUGCUGGUGGACCCGUGUGAACGGGAGGAGCGGGUGAUGGACGGCCUGCUGAUGAUCGCCAUGAACAAACACAGAGAAAUCUGCUCCAUCCAGUCCAGCGGGGGCAUCAUGUUGCUGAAAGAGCAGGUUAUGAGAUGCAGUAAAAUUGCCAGCGUCAAAGUGUCUGAAAUCACAGAACUCAUCAGCAAAGCUCUGGAGAACGACAAGAAAGCAAGGAAGGCAGGUGGUAGGUGUGGUUUUGCGGAGUCUAUGCCACAGGAGCGAAUCACAGCGCUGAAAAUGGAGGAGACCUCAGUGGAGAUGACAGAUGUGACGGAUAGAGCCAAUGACCUCGUCCAGAAAGCCGAGGCGCCACCUAAGACGGUGCCCUCCCCAGUGGUGCCCGUCCCAGGUGUUGGUCAGGUAGGUCAGGGGCUGCAGAACACCUGGGGACUGGAGGAGGAUGAUGAAGUAGAAGAAGGAGAAGAAAAUAACAACAGUGGUGAAGAACAGGAGGAAAUAGUAACAAAGAUGGAAGAGGAACAGCAUGAAAAGGAGGAGAGCAGAGGAGGAGAUGUGGUUGAGAUAUCGGACAGCGAAGAGGAGGAGGUGGUCAUACUUCAUCCAGAGACACCAGACAAAGCUCCUAAGUAGAAAUACAGGAACCAGUUCCCACCAGAAGGGGACGGCAACAUCAAAGAAAAGAUAGAAGAAAUGAAAGAAGGAUCCACUGCUGGCUGCAGUCAGUGAUCUGAAUAUCUACAACAGUGCCAGACACUGCAGCACCUCUUCAUAAUAAAGACUCCUGUGUCUGGCUAAAAUGAGUCCUACCUGCUAUAGCUGAGAAUUGGGAUCAAAUACAGUACAGAAACACUUCCAAGUGUUGGAUUCUUACUCUGAGAACAUGAAGUUUACUUCUUGUUUGUAGCCAUUUAGAUCGAUUUAGAAACAGACGGCGCUUUCAAAUGUAUAGAAAAUUAUUUUGAACGAUGAAAGGCUUUAAAAGGUUUUUGGUAGGUAGGCUUAAAAAACAUUCUCAAUCACCCUUGGAUGUUUAGAGGACUUUUUUCAUUUAUGUUUGCAAAGUGAUGUGUUUUGUACGGAAUUUGAGAUCUGUGGUGCUGAUUGUGAGUUGAAAUAAAAAGGAAAAAUUGUUGAUCUUAA